AUGGAUGGAAGACUGAAGAUGCCACGUGGAAUGGAGCCCGUUAACUGGUUGUUAUCUAAAACUAGAAUUUGCAGGCCUUGCAAGCGGGACAGCUCUUGGGUUGUUGGAGCCCAGGAUCUGAAGCUCUCUACACUUGCCUAUAUUUGGUGGAACGUGGCCUUCCAUUUGAUUGUCUCCGAGUUCAAGCACCUUAAGGUUGGGAAGAUUAUUGCACAUAUCGCUUGGGAGCUCACCCGACAAGUGGUUAGAUCUAAUCCAAAUCUCUCUCAUGGAGGACAUAUUGAAGAUACCAUAUGGUAUUCUGCCCGUGAACGUUAUCUUAAAAACGUCAAGUUCCCAAGAUGUGGUGACAGAGUUCCUCUGAGGCUAAAACCGGAAAUGUCAAGUCCCGUGACUCUGUUAUUGUGUUUGGUGCCACACGAAACACCAAUCCAUUCACAAACAGAGGAAUUUGUGUCGGUCGACCAGUUUGUGGCCAAGCGACGUGCGUUUUUGUCGGUUGUGGCGGCUAAGAAAGUUAUACUGUUAAUGGUGCUGCUGAGUAUUGUGAUUGAGUUGAUUCGUAUUCUAGGCAGCUGGCACACAAGCAUAUAUAGCCGCAAAGAGGAAAUUGACAUGACAACAUGCUGGCCUCAUUUAGAUAAUAAAUGCAAGGUUUACAGAGUUUCCACUCAUUUUCUCACAAACAUUUCCCCUUUCAAACGUGUUGGAAUUGUUUUUGUGACUGAUUUUGAAAUGGAAGAGGAGCAAAAUGUGUAA